AUGUCCUCCGAAUCUGCAGCCUGGCCCUUGGCCGACGAGAAGUUGACCGUCGAGCUUCUCGAUUUGAUCCAGCGCGCGACACACCUCCGACAGGUCAAGAAGGGUGCCAACGAAGUUACCAAGGCCCUCAACCGUGGUGUCUGCGAAAUCGCCGUCCUCUGCGCCGAUACGACCCCCCUCUCGAUCGUCUUGCACGUCCCCCUCCUGGCCGAGGACAAGAACACCCCCUACGUCUACGUGCCUAGCAAGAUGCACCUGGGCCGUGCCUGCGGUGUCUCCCGUUCCGUGAUCGCUGCUUGCAUCACCACCAACGAGGGCAGCGAGCUCGCUGGCCAGAUCCGCGCCAUGCGCGACAAGAUCGAGCGCCUGGCCAUCUAG